ACCAGACCCUCACCAUACAUGAACGCCCUCAAACGUUUUCCAAGUGGCUCAGGUCCAUCUUCAAAUCUAAAGCAGUUCACUUCGAAAUUCGCGCCUCAUAUGAGCCUGGACUAAUGCUCGAUCAAUAUGAGGUUGUGUGCGCGUUUGAUACGACUUUCGAACAAUUACUCGCGGAAGACGGACAGUUUACAUUACUAUUCGGAUGUUGACGAUCAGCGCAUAUCCCUCAAAUUGAAAACGGGUGAUGUCCAAAGAGAGCGUCGUGAAUGGUCAACUUGCACACCCCCUGGCGGCGGAGGUGCGAUUGUCAUCGAACAAGCUCGAAACGCAUCCGCGGGAAAAAAAAUGUUGUCAUAUUCGGCGAAACCGGCUCAGGCAAAAGUUCAAUCAUCAAUGUUAUCGCGCAAAAGCAGAUCGCGAAGACCUCCAAUGAUGCACCGGGAUGUACCCCAGAAUCUAAACGCUACUCAGUAGACAUUUCCGGCCAGAAAUUUGCCCUGUUUGAUACCGCGGGUCUCAACGAGGGGAGUGCAGGCACGGUGCCACACAAGCAAGCGAAGAAGCAGCUGAAGAGCUUGUUGAACAAGCUCAUGAGCCCCAAGUCACCAUCGGAUGGUAUCGACCUUCUGGUGUAUUGCAUGCACUACACGACUGCCCCUCGCCCCGUCCUUGACACCUACAAUACUGUUUACUCUGGGACCUGCCGGAAGAAGAGAGUCCCAAUCGUCGUCGUCGUCACAGGAUUGGAGUCUGAGACUCCCAUGGAGAGCUGGUGGGAUUCUCACAAGGAGAUAUUCAACACCAUGGAUCUCGCAGGCCAUGCAUGCGUCACAACGAUUCAGGAAUAUCCAGGCAUUCCAGAAGACCUUACUCGUCGCGUUGCACAGUCAAGCAAGAUUCUGCACGACCUUAUCAUGAACAAGUGCUCGGCUUCAGCGGUCGAUGACAGCUUGCCCGCAGGAAUGAGGUGCUGGUCGCCGUUGUGGUCAAUGAACUGAAUGGUUGCGAAUAGCGCCGCCCAUAAGUGUCGAG